AUUUGAGAGCCUUUCCAAGGUAAGCUUCAUGACCAGCGGUAUGAAAUUGCUGAAAUACUUGGACAUGAGCAACAACUUGCUGAGUCACGAUGCAGCUGAUGUGCAAUGCCGGUGGGCUGAGUCUCUGACAGAGUUGGACCUGUCCUCAAAUCAGUUGACAGAUUCCGUGUUUGAGUGCUUGCCAGUCAACAUCGAAAAACUCGACCUACAAAACAAUCAGAUCACCAGCGUCACCAAGGGGAUGGCUGAGCUGAGAUCCUUGAAAGAGCUGAACCUGGCAUCGAACAGGCUGGCUGACCUGCCGGGUUGCAGUGGCUUUACGUCCCUGGAGUUCCUGAACAUAGAGAUGAAUUCGAUCCUCACCCCAUCUGCUGACUUCUUCCAGAGCUGCCCAAGGGUCAGGGAGCUACAAGCCGGGCACAACCCGUUCAAGUGUUCCUGCGAACUUCAAGACUUCAUCCGUCUGGAGAGGCAGUCUGGGGGGAAGCUGUUCGGCUGGCCGGCGGCGUACAUGUGCGAGUACCCGGAAGACUUGCGAGGAACGCAGCUGAAGGACUUCCACCUGACUGAACUGGCUUGCAACACAACGCUCUUGCUUGUGACAGCUCUGCUGCUGACGCUGGUGCUGGUGGCUGUCGUGGCCUUUCUGUGCAUCUACCUGGAUGUGCCGUGGUACAUGCGGAUGACGUGGCAGUGGACGCAGACGAAGCGGAGAGCUUGGCACAACCACCCCGAAGAGCAGGAGACCGAUCUGCAGUUUCACGCGUUCAUUUCCUACAGCGAGCGCGAUUCACUGUGGGUGAAGAACGAGCUGAUCCCGAACCUGGAGAAGGGGGAGGGCUGUGUACAACUGUGCCAGCACGAGAGAAACUUCAUCCCUGGCAAGAGCAUCAUGGAGAACAUCAUUAACUGCAUUGAGAAGAGCUACAAGUCGAUCUUUGUGUUGUCCCCCAACUUUGUGCAGAGCGAGUGGUGUCACUAUGAGCUGUACUUUGCCCAUCACAAAUUUUUCAGUGAGAAUUCCAACAGCUUAAUCCUCAUUUUACUGGAGCCGAUCCCUCCGUAUAUUAUCCCUGCGAGGUAUCACAAGCUGAAGGCUCUCAUGGCAAAGCGAACCUACCUGGAGUGGCCAAAGGAGAGGAGCAAGCGUGCCCUUUUCUGGGCUAACCUGAGGGCAGCUAUUAGCAUUAACCU